AUGGAGGAGCUGAGCUCGGAGGAUCGCAACGAGCGCAAAAAGACGCCACAGACGGUGCGUGGCAAGAGGCGGCGAUCGCCCUCACCCCAAGCCGACAAGAAGCGUCGAAGCAAGGGUGCCAGUGCUCGCAGCCCGGCUCCCCAGAAGAAGAAGCCCAACAAGAAUGACGAGGACUCGGAGGACCAGGCCAAGGACGUUGACGAUCCCUCGCCUGAGCCGCCGAUUCAGGAGGUGAAUAUAAACCGCAACUCAGUGGGCAACCGAAACAAAGACAAUGAAAACAUGCCCAUCAAAGGCGGCACCAUUAUGGAUCUCGACAGCAACGAUUACGAUGACAAACAUCUCAACUCUAAUGUCAACUCGGUGGAAGAGAAGACAUCACGUCCCGCUUCGCCCACUCGUACUGAAAAUGCCAAUGACAACGUGGCCAAGUACGACAAGGACGACGGUGCCGAUGACAAUGUGACCGAGCAGGCAAACCACAUCAUCAUUCCCAGCUACGCCUCAUGGUUCGACUACAACUGCAUCCACUCGGUUGAACGACGCGGCCUUCCAGAGUUCUUCAACAGCCGUAACAACUCAAAAACACCCGAAGUGUACAUUGCCUACCGCAACUUUAUGGUCGACACGUACCGGCUCAAUCCCACUGAGUAUCUGACGGUCACCGCUGUUCGCCGAAACAUUGCCGGCGAUGUGUGUGCCAUCAUGCGAGUGCAUGCCUUUCUCGAGCAAUGGGGCCUGAUCAACUACCAGGUGGACGCUGACGCUCGCCCUACCCCAAUGGGUCCUCCAUCGACCAGUCAUUUCCAUGUUUACCUCGACGCACCGUCCGGCCUGCAGCCACUCAACCCUCCUCGAGGACAGAUGUCAGCCACCCAACAGAUGCUGAACUUGCCAAAGGAGAACGGCAUCGGCAAGCUCGACUCUGAAAAGGGCGAGGCGGCGGACAAAACGGAUGGCGCCACACUGAAGAACGGUUUCAAUGACAACUUUGGACUGAAAGUUGAUCAGUACGCCAAAAAGAAUUCCUUCUUUAAAAGCAAAGCCGCGGCAAAUCUCUCACGCGAGUGGACUGAGCAGGAGACACUGCUUCUCUUGGAGGGACUGGAGCUUUACAAGGACGACUGGAAUAAGGUGUGCGAACACAUUGGCAGCAGGACGCAAGAUGAGUGUAUUCUUCACUUUUUGAGGUUGCCCAUUGAGGAUCCUUACCUUGACAACACCAACAACGCUCUCGGCCCACUGUCGUACAACCCGAUUCCAUUCUCCAAGUCGGGAAAUCCCAUCAUGUCAACUGUAGCAUUUUUAGCCUCUGUUGUUGACCCAAGAGUUGCAGCAUCAGCAGCCAAAGCGGCAAUGGAAGAGUUUUCGAAAAUCAAAGAUGAAAAUGUGUCUGAUGACGUUUCUGCUUCAAAGAGCUCUGAAACUCCGACUGCUAUCAGUGAAAACACAACAUCAGCUGACGCCACCACCAGACCUGCUUCAGAGGAUUCUACAGAAAAAAGUGCUGAAGCAAAUGACGCAAAAUUGAAAAAAGACGGCGCUGAGCAAGCAGAAUCAACAGACAGCCAAAAAGAUGAUAAAGAAAAAGAGAAGGAAAAGGAGAAGGAUGUAAACGGCGUGAAUGAGGAAGUUUCUGAAGUUAAAAAGGAAAUCACCGACUCAGAAAAGCCUAGCGAGCCAAUGGAAGUGGACAAGGAGAAUGGCGGCGAUGCAGCAACUGAGAAAAGCAAGGAAGGUGGUGCUGAAAAGUCCAGUGAAGAUGCAUCGACAACAGAAAAAGACUCAACAGUGGCAACAGCUGAAAAGGAGAAUAAAGAGAAGAAUGCUGUCAAAGAAUCUCAAAUUUCUGUUGCAGCUGCUGCCGCUCUUGGUUCUGCCGCUGUGAAAGCUCGUCACUUGGCUGUGGUGGAAGAGAGAAAAAUCAAGUCCCUAGUUGCACUACUGGUUGAGACUCAGAUGAAGAAGCUAGAAAUUAAGCUGCGUCACUUUGAGGAAUUGGAGCACAUCAUGGACCGUGAGAAAGAGACGCUCGAAUUCCAAAGACAGCAGCUAAUGCAGGAACGACAGCAGUUUCACAUGGAGCAGAUUCGACAGCAGGAGUUGCGCGCUCGCCAACAGGCUCAGCAGUAUUACAAUGCUCAACAUCCUGUCGCCAAUCACAGUGCUCCACAAAAAGAGCAGCAGCAACAGCAACAGCAACCACCACCGCCUUCCCAGAAUUCUGGUGGUCCUGCAGCGGCUGAGAAUGACGCCAGCAAGCUGUCUCGUCCUGGAAUGCCUCCUGCCGCUCAAAGAUUCCCCAACUCGCCAUCAGUACCGAUUCGACCGCCAGUUCAGCAGCAACUGCAGCAGCAGCAGCCACCCCCACCUCAACCGCAGCAGCAGCCAAUGCAGUCAGUGGUGCCCCAGCACCUGACCACUCCAUCGCAACCUGGUGUUGCGCUGAACACUUACACACCCUCACAGUCCCAGCCCCCACAAGCUCCCCAAAUACCGCAAGCCCCACCCUCAUCAGCCCCAUCAACAAAUAACAUAAUUCAAAGCUCUCCUGCAUCAGCAGUACCACCACAGCCAUCAGCAGCAGCAGUUUCAAUGAAUCCUGAUCAGCAGGUUGUGGCUGCUCCAGCCGUAGCAGCAGCAAACCCUUCUCAGCUGCCGCCCCAGUCAAUGGUGCCCCAGCAAGCUGCUCCUCCCCUUCAGACAAAUAACAUGAUGCAAACAGCGGCGCCUCUACCCCCAGCACCUGUUUCGAUGAGCUCCGAACCGCAAGGCAGUGUUGCGGUGAUGCCUUCAGUUUCAGCCCCGGUGCAACAAUCUCUUCCGCCGUCUCAACUGCCACCACAGUCAAUGGUGCCACAGCAUUUACCACCUCCUCCGACCAAUAACUCAAUGCAAAAUGCUCCUGUACAGCAGCCACUACCACUAGCACCUCCUGCACAGCAACAGCCAUCACCACCAUUGCAGCAACAGCAGCAGCCGCCGCAGCAAGCCCUUCCAAUGAACCCAGGUCAAGGUGAAGGAGUUGGGGGAGUUGCCUCAAGUGCUCCAGUGCCCAUGCAAACUGAGUCACCACCAGCGAGCACCACAAAUACUUAG